AUGGAGGUUGCGACGUGCAUGACGACGAUGCUGAAGCCGGUGAACACCACCCCGCACCCGCUCGCCGGCGAGAAGGUCCCGCUGACCGUCUUCGACCGCGCGGCCUUUGACACCUUCGUGCCCACCGUGCUCGUCUACCCCGCGCCGGCGCCGCCCAGCAACCGGGCGCUCAAGGAGGGCCUCCUCAGGGCCGUCGCGGCGCACCCACACUUUGCGGGCCGCCUCGCCGUCGACGACCAGGGCCGGCCGUUCCUCUACCUCAACAACGAGGGCGUUCUCGUAAUGGAGGCGACCGUGCCGGAGGGCGACAUGGCCGCGGCCGUCUUGCUCGCCGGCGGCGUCGCUGCAAACGACCACUACAGCAAGCUAUACCCACCGGCCCCAAAGGAGAAAAUUGGGGCGGCGGUGCUGCAGGUAAAGCUCAACCGCUACAAGUGCGGCGGCCUCGUCAUCGGCAUCAUCACCCACCACCGUGUCUCCGACGGCCAAUCUUUCAGCAGCUUCCUCGCCAAGUGGGCGAUGCAUGUACGAGCGGAUCACAACGACGGGGACUUUGCUGCCCCGCCGCCCUUCCUCGACCGUGCGGCAACCGCCGUGCCCCGUAGCCCGCCGAUACCGGUUUUCGACCACCGGUCCGUCGAGUUCAACGCCGGGGACGCCCACGGAUCCAGGUCCUACGCCGUCAUCCCCACAGAAAAGAUCAAGAACCUAACGGUGAGCUUCACCGCCGAGUUCGUUGCGGAGCUCAAACGCAAAGCGCGCGUCGGCGGCGGCGGCGCCGCCCGGUGCAGCACGUUCCAGUGCCUCCUCGCGCACGUGUGGAAGAAGGUCACGGCGGCGCGGGACCUCAGCCCGGGGGACUUCACGCAGGUGAAGGUGGCGGUGAACUGCACGCGCCGGGCCGACCCCCCGGUGCCGGCGGACUUCCUCGGGAACAUGGUGCUCUGGGCGUUCCCGAGGCUUCCGGUCGGGGAGCUCCUGACCUCGAGCUACGGCCGCGUGGUCACCGCGAUCCGCGACGCGGUGGCGCGCGUCGACGCCGAGUACAUCCAGUCCUUCGUCGACUUCGGGGCGGUGGCGGACGCGAGCGGCGAGGACCUCGCCGCCGCCGCCGCCACGGCGGGCACGGUGCUGUGCCCGGACCUGGAGGUGGACAGCUGGCUGGGGUUCCAGUUCCACCAGACGGACUUCGGCACCGGUCCGCCGUGCGCGUUCCUGGCCCCGGACAUCCCCGUCGACGGGCUGAUGGUUUUCGUGCCGUCGGGCACGGCGAGGGGCGGCGUCGACCUGUUCAUGGGCCUCGUGGAGGGUCACGUCGAGGAGUUCCACAAGAUCUGCUACGUUCUGGAUUGAUCAAUGCACGGCCCAAUCUAGUAUGUUGUUGUUGGGCUGGUGCCUGGUGGUGGGCCUUCACUCGAAUCCAAAUGGUUCAAAUGGUGUCCGGUCAUUUUCUCUUUUGUAAAUUUGUAGUAUCUUCUAUCUGUAAAACCUAGUGCCUGCUAAUACAU